CUCCACACACUGAUCGCAACUCAACAAGACACACCUGACACUCGGAUUUAUACAGCACGGACUCAAAAAGAAAAGAAAACAGAAUGAAGCUCACUUUGGUGAUUCUUUGCCUGCUCGGAGCUGCCAGUGCAAAUCCAAUUAUGUCCAGUGAUGCCAUGGACAUGAUCGAGCCUGGAUCCAAUUCAUCACAGACCUCCUCGAUGUCUGAAUCUACUGAAGAAACCGAUACCACAGACCAAGAAAGCUCACAGGAAACUACUUCUGAAGACACUACUUCAGAAUCCAUGGAGUCAGUCUCAUCUGAAGAGUCCAUGGAAUCAAGCCAAAGCCAGUCUCUGGAAGAACGGUUUGGCAUUGGAGAGGCAGGACUGACCGUCGAUGACAGCCAAGGAAGCACAGAGAUCAAGCGCAAGGACUUGAUUCACAUCUUCAGCCCCCAGGAGAUCAGUUCUGAGGACAACAGCACAUCAGCCAGCCUGGCAUUAGUCAGCAGCGAAUCUGUGGAGAGCCAAGUGAAAACCUCUGAGAGCACCAGCAGCAGUAGUGAGAGCAGUAGUGAGAGCAGUAGCGAGUCGAUUGAGGGAGAAGGCAAAAAUUCAACAAGUAGCAGCAGCGAGAGUAGUGAGAGCAGCGAGAGCAGCGAGAGCAGCGAGAGCAGUGAGAGUAGCGAGAGCAGCGAGAGCAGCGAGAGUAGUGAGAACAGUGAGAGCAGCGAGUCUGUUGAAAACCUGGAGAACAGCUCCAGCAGUAGCAGCAGUAGCAGCAGCAGCGAGAGCGACGAGUCGGAUGAAAGUCAGCAGAAAGCUUCUGACAGCAGCAGCGAGAGCGACACUGUCGAGAACACGACAAUCGACAGCAAUGAGAACAGCGCCAUGCAAAGCAGCAACAGCUCCAGCAGUGAGAGUCACGAGUCCACAGAAAGCACAGAAAGCCAACAGAGUCAAUCAAACGAGUGCGCACCUGGAGCCGACAGCCAGGACUGCGCCAGCGACAGCGCCAGCGACGAGUACGACCUCCAGAACGUCGGAGACGACGGAGCCAGCGACCUGCUUAACGGCUCCAAUGUGCCUGACAGCACCGAGCGUGAGGUUGUAUUUAAGAGAUGA